GAAAAACCACGUGGUGUGGGUGGUUCCGCGUUCGCGUUGGCGCGUAUUCCAGCCCAGGAGUUGUGAGUACCCAAGAUGCGACCAAGAGGAAGAAAACGGAAGAUAGAGCAAGUAUAUAUUGUUGAACGCAUCCUGGGGCACCGGAUUGGAGAUGGAUUGGAGUAUCAUGUGAAGUGGGCUGACUACCCAGAUGAGUGUUCGACUUGGGAGCCCGAGAGAAACCUCAGAAACAAUUUGAUUUUGGACGAAUAUAAACGCCGGAAUGUCAGCGUACCUGGUAGCUUCGCCGCCGCCGCGGAGCAGCCGCACAGCUCUGUCGCCGCCGCGCAGCAGCCGGGUGGCAGUGCCGCCACCGCGGAGCAGCCGCUAACUGAUCUGGACUUUGCCGGCCAAGUCGCCGUACCGAGCGGCACGGCAGCCCCCGCCUUGGCGGAGCAGCCGGGUGGCAGUGCGGCCACCGCGGAGCAGCCGCACAGCUCUGUCGCCGCCGCGCAGCAGCCGGGUGGCAGUGCCGCCACCGCGGAGCAGCCGCAAACUGAUCUGGACUUUGCCGGCCAAGUCGCCGCACCGGGCGGCACGGCAGCCCCCGCCUUGGCGGAGCAGCCGGGUGGCAGUGCGGCCACCGCGGAGCAGCCGCGAACUGAUCUGAACUUGGCCGGCCAAGUCGCAGUACCGAGCGGCACGGCAGCCCCCGCCUUGGCGGAGCAGCCGCACAGCUCUGUCGCCGCCGCGCAGCAGCCGGGUGGCAGUGCGGCCACCGCGGAGCAGCCGCUAACUGAUCUGGACUUUGCCGGCCGAGUCGCAGUACCGAGCGGCACGGCAGCCCCCGCCUUGGCGGAGCAGCCGGGUGGCAGUGCGGCCACCGCGGAGCAGCCGCACAGCUCUGUCGCCGCCGCGCAGCAGCCGGGUGGCAGUGCGGCCACCGCGGAGCAGCCGCUAACUGAUCUGGACUUUGCCGGCCAAGACGCCGCACCGGGCGGCACGGCAGCCCCCGCCUUGGCGGAGCAGCCGGGUGGCAGUGCGGCCACCGCGGAGCAGCCGCUAACUGAUCUGGACUUUGCCGGCCGAGUCGCAGUACCGAGCGGCACGGCAGCCCCCGCCUUGGCGGAGCAGCCGGGUGGCAGUGCGGCCACCGCGGAGCAGCCGCACAGCUCUGCCGCCGCCGCGCAGCAGCCGGGUGGCAGUGCCGCCACCGCGGAGCAGCCGCUAACUGAUCUGGACUUUGCCGGCCAAGACGCCGUGCUGAUUUGUGGACACCAGCCUUCGAGUCGGACCGAGUGCUGCUGCUAUUGAAAAAUGCGACAAAGGACGACGUCAUGAGUGCAAUGAAAGCUGCGUUGCCGCAAGCAGAGGUCGAAAGAAAAGCCAAAGACGGUAAG